ACUCUCUCCUCAGAAGCAGCAGCGAGCUCGCGAACGCGCCACUGCUUAGCUUACUCCCGCCUCACUAUCUGUCUUGGCGCGUCGUGUACACGAUCGAGCACCAGACAAUGGCGGUGGCGCAGCAGCAGCAGCAGCAGCAGAGGCAGGCCACCGGUGAGUCGCUGAUGCAGAAGUGCAAGCCGUACGUGGCGAUGGUCUCGCUGCAGUUCGGGUACGCCGGCAUGAACGUGAUCACCAAGGUGUCCCUCAACCACGGCAUGAGCCACUACGUGCUCGUCGUGUACCGACACGCCUUCGCCACCCUCUCCAUCGCGCCCUUCGCGCUCGUCCUCGAGCGCAAGGUCCGCCCUCGCAUGUCCUUCUGGGUCUUCCUCCAGAUCUUCGUCCUCGCCCUCCUCGGGCCGGUGAUCGAUCAGAAUUUCUACUACGCCGGGCUCAAGUUCACCUCGCCGACCUUCUCCUGCGCCAUGAGCAACAUGCUCCCGGCCAUGACCUUCGUCAUGGCCGUCAUCUUCAGGAUGGAGAAGGUGAACCUGAAGAAGGCGAGGUGCGUGGCGAAGGUGGUGGGCACGCUCGUGACGGUGGCCGGCGCCAUGCUCAUGACGCUCUACAAGGGGCGCGCCGUCGAGAUGGUCUGGACCAAGCACAUGCACCUCCACGGCCCGCACCAGGACGCCGUCGCCGCCGCCGCCGCCGACAAGGACUGGCUCAGGGGCUCCAUCUUCCUCAUCAUCGCCACCCUCGCCUGGGCCUCCCUCUUCAUCCUCCAGGCCGCGACGCUGAAGAGGUACGACGCGCCACUGUCCCUGACCACGCUCAUCUGCUUCGUGGGCACCCUGCAAGCCAUCGUCGUCACCUUCGCCAUGGAGCACAGCAUGUCCGUGUGGAAGAUCGGCUUCGACAUGAACCUCCUCGCCGCCGCCUACGCCGGUAUCGUGACAUCGAGCAUUGCCUACUACGUGCAAGGGCUGGUGAUGCAGAGCAGGGGGCCCGUGUUCGCCUCGGCGUUCAGCCCGCUCAUGAUGAUCAUCGUCGCCAUCAUGGGGUCGUUCAUCCUCGCUGAGAACAUCUACCUCGGAGGGAUCAUUGGGUCGGUGCUGAUCGUCGCCGGCCUGUACUCGGUGCUCUGGGGGAAGCACAAGGAGAACGCUGAGAAGAAGGAGGCCGAGGCGAUGGAGAUCCCGGUGGCGAUCAAGGGCGUCGACGGCAACGGCAGGGUCAUGGACAUCGUGGAGCUGGACGAGGUGCAGCUGGAGAAGGCCCAGGUGAACGGCAAGGCGGCGGCGGCGGCGGCGCACGAGCACGCCGCGGUGGUCGCCGUCACGGUCCCCGCCGAGGAAGCCCGGAUGCAGGGCAAGGACGAGGCCUAGGCUAGACAGAUAGGUCCACUGAUCGGUGAACCAUUGCGUCAUUUCACCAUCUUUUCUUGCCUCUGUUCUUCCCUGAGAUGUUGUAGUGGCACAUAAUGAUGUAAGCAAUGGUGGUAAUUAAGUAGUAGUAAAUUAGUAAUUAGUAAAGCUAAUGUGGUGUGGAAGAUGAGGAGGAUGCAAUCAUGCAAUCGACGAGGGAGAGUUUUGUAACCUCUCUCGAUCUGGUUAUUCACAGAUGAUUUCAGGUUGGGAUUGUUAUCUCAUCUAAGGCAAUGUAUCCCUUCACUCAAUGAUGACAUGUGUGAACCACUAGACCUCAGAUUCCAAACCUA